GCAACAGCUUUGUCCUGAUCGUCAUGUGUUUACAGAAAGGACGUUGCACGGUGCCAGAGCUCUACCUGGGGAGUCUCGCUGGGGCUGACCUGCUCCUCUUGGCUGGCCUCCCCUUCUGGGCCGUUAACAUUGCCCUACGCUACAAAUGGCCCUUUGGAGAGUUCCUGUGCCGUUAUGUCAACUCGGUGAUUUACAUGAACUUUUACAGUAGUGUCUAUUUCCUGGUGAUGGUCAGCAUCGACCGCUACCUCGCUCUUGUGAAAGUCCUACAUCACGGCAGAAUACGGACACUCUCAUGUGCUAAGGCCAACUGCUUCAUUAUCUGGAUGUUCAGCUUGCUGAUGAGUAGCCCCAGCAUCAUAUUCCGAAGAGUGAUCUAUGUGAAAGAAUUGAACAUGUCUGCCUGCCUACUCAAUUACCCUAAUAAUUACUGGGUAGUGAAGAUGGACAUUGUGAUGAUGGUCAUCGGCUUCCUCAUCCCUGCAGCCAUCAUCAGUUUCUGCACCUUUCAGAUCCUAAACGUCCUGAGAAACAACCAAAUGCAACGCUUCAAGCAAGUGUGCAAAGAAAACAAGGCCACCAACUUGGUCCUCGCUGUCCUUUUGGUCUUUGUCAUUUGCUGGCUGCCUUUUCAAUUGUUCCGGUUCCUCAGGAUCUUUCAGUUUACAAACAUCCUGCAGGGCUGCUCCUUAACAAGUGCAAUUAGUAAUGGCAAUCAGAUUGCUAGCUUCUUGGCCUGUACCAACAGCUGCAUCAACCCUGUGCUCUAUGUCCUUGUUGGAAAGCAGUUCAGGAAGAAAGCACGGGAGCUGUGGGUCCGAGCCAGGGGCAAGUCAUUAAAGACUUUUGGUGACUCCCUCGCAAACCGUACCACAUCAACAGAGAGUUAACAUCUUGAUAGGAGUAGAGAUGAAGCCACCUCUCCAACCAUGAUCCUGUCGUCUCACAUUAGCUGUGAUUGUUGUGUUUUCUUUCUUUCUGCAAGUGACAGGGUAGGCUGUUGCAAAAUGCAUGUAAAUUUUGUAAAUUAUUUCAAGGAAGGAAUGGAAUGUAUUAGAUAUCAGUCAGUUCCCAGGUCUGUCCCUGAUCACUUUCUCGAUAGUUGCUUUAAACUAGGGAACCAGCAGACAAAUGUGGCAAUAUCCAAGGCCCCUGGAGGAUAAGGAAGAAAUUUGUGAAGGAGCUGUGUGGGUCCUGGUUGUUGAUUGUCUGCAGGGCUCCAGCUGAGGACAAGGUCAAGAUCAGCCACUAUGCCAAGCACAAUACUUAACUCCACCUUUUGAGCCCCACUCACACUUUGAGAAUAAAUUGGACGGCCAAUGGUGUCAAAAAAAAACAAGCUGUUUAACAACUUCCAGAAGUAGGAAAACGGCAUUGUUUCGGAGUGGAUUUUUCAUUCAGAUUGUAUUAUUGAAACAGAGAAAUCCAGAUUGCAAUGUAAAUGAAUUAACCGUACUCUCACUGUGGAAAGAGGAACUGGAGGAAGUCUCAGAGUCAGUUAAUUGAAUCAUGGAAUUAUACAGCCAUUGAGGGAGGCUAUUCAGCCCUCAUGGUUUGAUGGGUGUUUGGCUGAGUGAGUGAAUUAGUCCCAGUCCCUUCACUAUCCCCAUAGGCCAUCAAACUGUAACUAUUUGCUGUACAAUCUGGUGAGAAAAUCCCAUAUGGGAUAAGCCCUUUAGGACUGAGCUGAAUAGAAAUAUCUUCACUCAGAGUGGUGGACCUGUAGAAUUCCCUGCUACAGAAAGCAACUGCAGCACAAAACAUUGAAUGUUUUCAAGAAGGAGUUAGAUCUAUUUCUUAGGAUUGAACGGGAUGGAGAGAAAGCAGGAGCUAUGCAAAUUCUCUGGAAUUGUCACAAGGCAGUUUAACAUGGGCCUGGAAAAAGCCAAUUUUGCAGGAUAGUGAAGAUCGUGUGUAACUAAUUGGAUAGCAUAGAGACCUGUUGUAGUUCAGUAGUAGUGUCCCUGACCCUAGACCUGGAGGCCUGUGUUAAAACCCCAACUGAUUAGAAAAGUAGGUUAAAUAAAAAACAAUCAUAUAGCUCUUUCAAAAAGCUAGCACAGGCAGGAGAGGGUACAUGGCUUCAUGAUUUUAUCUCUUUAAGGAUAGAAAGAAACAUCAAGAUGUAUUUGAAAUAUUGCAAACCACGUGCAAGGUUGAUAAACAGGGAAACAGAAACAGGUAACAUGGGAGCAUUACAGCUCAGGUAUUAGAACGAGGCUCCACGCAGUUUAACAAUGCAAUGUUUUCUCAAGAACGUUCUGGAUGGCUGGUUACACGUGUGUCAAGGAUUCAACGCAAACAAUUUGCAGUUAUGUAGUAUCUAUGGCAUGGUGCAACAGGAGUAAUCCUGUGUUCAUGUGACGUUGAGUUGAUGUAAUGCUGUUUGAUCUCAUAACUAAUAAAAUGUCAACUUGUUUAGGGUAACAUUAAUCCUGGAUCUUAUGAUAUUAUGUGUGUUAUUAUGGGUGUGACAAUAAAUGAAUGAUACUUCAUAUUUA